CUGGUCGUCUUCAUCUUCUUGCCGACAAGAUGGCGGCGGCGAUGGUGGCGCCAACGGCUUUGUUUCCCUUCAGCGCCUGAAGCCCGGGCCUCGCCAGCCCCACCCGGCUGCCGUCGGCGGAGACAUGACCGCGGAGCCCGUGAGUGAAAGCAAGUUGACUACAUUGGUGCAGAAGCUUCAUGACUUUUUGGCUCACUCGUCUGAAGAAUCUGAGGAUGCAAAUUCUCCUCCGAGAGUAUCGGUGAGCAAAAAUACAGAUAAAGUUAAUAUGCCUGAAAAUAUUCCAACUCCAACAGAAAACAGCAGGGAAGAGGGUAGUAGCUCUUCCGAAAAAUCCAAAUCAUUAGGAUCAUCACGUUCUAAAAGGAAACCUACAGUUGUAACAAAAUAUGUUGGCUCAGAUGAUGAACAAGCAUUAGAUGAAACUAUGAAUCAAGAUGUAUCCAAUGAAAACUCAGAAAAUGAUGUUGAUAUGAAAAGCUUGCCUAAAGGUACAGUAGUAGUACAGCCAGAGCCAGUGCUUAAUGAAGACAAAGAUGAUUUUAAAGGACCUGAAUUUAGAAACAGAAAUACUUCUAGAAUGAAACCUGAAAUUCCAAAAAAACGUGGAGAGGAAGGGUUGCAUGGGAUUGUGAGCUGUACAGCUUGUGGGCAGCAAGUGAACCAUUUCCAAAAAGAUUCAAUCUACAGACAUCCCACAUUGAGGGUACUUAUUUGCAAGACUUGCUUCAAAUAUUAUAUGAGUGAUGACAUCAGCCGUGAUUCAGAUGGAAUGGAUGAACAGUGUAGAUGGUGUGCUGAAGGUGGAAACUUAAUUUGCUGCGACUUUUGCCAUAAUGCCUUCUGCAAGAAGUGCAUAUUGCGCAACUUGGGCCGAAAGGAGCUGUCCACCAUCAUGGAUGAGAAUAACCAAUGGCACUGCUAUAUUUGCCAGCCGGAACCAUUGCUGGACUUGGUUACUGCCUGUGAUAGUGUGUUUGAAAAUUUAGAACAAUUACUGCAGCAAAAUAAAAAGCGAAUCAGAGUUGAGAAUGAAAAAAGCAAAAUGUAUGACAAUACACUUAAAUAUUCCUCAAAGAAAAAUAGCUGUAAUGGAGAAGAAAAGAAAUUUGGUCAUUCAUAUUCCAGUGCUCUAACAUAUUCCUUCAAAGCAUUAAUGGUGCCAAAAGACUUGGUUAAAAAAACAAAAAAACUGGUUGAAACAACAACAAAUAUGAACUCUAGCUUUGUAAAUUUUUUGAAGCAAGCAAGUGAAAACUCUGAAAUAAACUCAACAGUACACUUACGUCAGCUGAAGGCUUUUAAAUCUGUGUUGAGUGACAUUAAAAAGUCUCAUUUGGCAUUAGAAGAAAGUCUGAAUCUGGAGAUCCAAGCUCUGGAUGUUAAAAUCCGGCAAAGAAACACCAAAGAGAGAGAAACUGAAGUUAAAGUGGAUAACGAUGAAAUAAAGAAAACCGAUGAAAAGGAACUCAAAGAGCACAAAGGGCAUACGCAUCAGAGUGUGUCCCUGAUGGAACAAGCAGGCAGCAGGAAAGCUGGCUGCAAAGACAAGAAGUUGGGAAAAACAGAAGAGCUUCAGUAUGAACCCCACAAUGCUGAGGCGACAGAUAUGGACAUUGUGUCUGUUCCCUCGUCUGUUCCUGAAGAUAUUUUUGAAUCUUGUUUGGAAGCACAGAAAGCAGCAGGUGCAACAGAUCAAGGGACAAUAAAUUCAUUUGUAAAAUCGAACACUACAACUAAAGACAGUAAGGGAGGAAAGAAGUUGAUGCCAUCUACCAAAGUAACUAAGGAGUUGGUUGUGAAACUGACACCAGUUUCCCUUUCAGGUGCUGUGAAAGCUGAAGAUCCUGAUGGAAAACCAGGAAAGAGUGUUAGGAGAGAAAGUGGAAAAGAAAAUUGUAAUAGCAGUUCUGAAAGUCCACCAGAAAGUGAAAUAAUUUCUUUUGUAGAAGAUCCUGAGCUCAGGCGGUCUCCACGUGUGAAGACCACGCCUCUGAGGCGGCCAACGGACAUUAACACUUUAACUUCUAAUUCAGAAGAGGACAGCAAUGACUCUCGGCAUGGAAAACACAGAAGAAAAUCCAUAAAAUUCAAAAGUGAAAAAGAUGAGCAGAGUUCUCCUGAUAGUACUGUUCAGAGCCCUCGGUCUGCCAUACUUUCUGAUUCAAAGAAACUAGACACAGUGGAAGAAAGUUCUGAUUCUGAUGAGGUGCCUGCAGUCCUCCAAGAAGUAGCGAUGAUGAGCCAUAGUUCUUCAGAAGUUGACAGCAGUGGUGAAGUACCCAAGGAUGUCUUGAAUGAUCUAAGCAGGCAACCAGUGAAAGAAGAUAAUGGAAAGAGAAAAAGAAAAAGUUCCAGUUCUGGGUCAGAUUUUGAUGCCAAAAAAGGCAAGUCGGGUAAAGUUUCUGCUAAAAAGAAACGUCAGAACAAUUCAGAUUCUUCCAAUUAUGAUUCUGAGGUAGUAGAGGAUUUAAGUAAAAUUGAGUCAACAAAGAAAGCUAUGAAAAAAGACACAAAGAGAGAGAGUCAUGAGUCUUCAGAAGAGGAACCAAAUGAAAAAGGGAAAAGACAUUCACAGCAGCAGGAGGGUGGUUCAUGCAAUGAAGCUGAUAAUGGUGAACUCUCUACAUUGGAUAAAGGCAGACUAAGUAAUUCUUUAGAAGAGGCAUCUUGUAAAGAGACAACUGUUGAGGAAAAGCGAACAAAGAAUUUCAAAGACAGCUCCUCCAAAAGCAAACAGAAUGCCUUGCCUGAAAAAGAAGGAGAUAAAAUUUCAGAAGACAUAAGUAGAUCUUUGGCAAAGGAAGGACUGGAUUCAUCUUCAGAUGAUAUUGGACAGUCUCCCAAGGGAGAACAAAGAAAUGAAUCUUCAGAUGAUGCUAGAAAGAAGGCUAAAAAAGUUACAAAAAAGAAGGAAAGUGUGACCCAGAGAGAAACCUCUGCAAAAGGGCAAACUGAUUCCUCUUCUGAAGUUGAUAAAUCUUCUCCAGGUAAAGAGAGCUGCAGUGCUUCAGGAAGUAACAGUAAGAAGCAAAGUGCUGUUGAAGGAACAAGGCGGAACCUGAGAGAGAGAACAUCUAAGAAACUUCAAGGCAGUUUUGCUGACACUGCCAUGAAAGAAUUGGCUGUUGAUACUUCAGAGGAUGAUAGUUUAAAUAAAAAAGGAAAUGGUGCUAAAGAAAAGAAAAAAGCAAGUCCCAAGAGAAAAAAUUCACCAAAAGUGAGCAGUAACUUACUGUCCUCUUCUGAGGAAGACCUCUGUGAGGACAAAAAGAAGAAAAAAAGAGGGGCACCCAUUAAGGGAAAGAAAAAAAGUAGUCCUAAAGAGAGAGGGAGAACUGAUACUAAAAAAACAAAUGACGAACCCACCACCAGCACAUCCUCCUCAUCGAACGAGGCUGAAAACGACAUAAAUUCAGCAGGAGAGGGGAGUAGUGAUGAGCAGAAAAUUAAGCCAGUGACAGAAAGCUUGUUGGUGGCUACGAAAAUAGGAUUUUGUCAGUCUUCAGGAGAUGAAGGAGAGAAUAAAUCAGGGACUGUGCCAAUGGAAGAGGAGGAAGAUGAUGACGAUGAUCCUGAGAAUAGAAUUGCCAAGAAAAUGCUUUUAGAAGAAAUCAAAGCCAAUCUUUCCUCUGAGGAAGAUGUUUCUUCUGAUGAAGAGUCUGACGAUGGGAAAAAGAAGACCACAAAGCCAAGUGAAAACCGGGGUGACAAUGAAGAGAAUGAACAGGAAGAUGACUCUAGCUCUGAUUCAGAUGUCGAAGAGGCUAAGAAAUCUAAAUACAGACACAGAUUACUGAGACAUAAACUGACAAUGAGUGAUGGAGAAUCUGAGGAAGAGAAAAAGGGGAAAUCUAAAGAAGCAAAAGAAGUGAAACGCAGAAAUAGAAGAAAAGUGAGCAGCGAGGAUUCGGAUAAUUCAGAAGCAAAUGAAUCUGGAGUCAGUGAAGAAGUCAGUGAAUCGGAAGAUGACCAGCGUCCUAGAACAAGAUCUGCCAAGAAAGCAGAGUUAGAAGAAAAUCAGCGGAGUUAUAAGCAGAAAAAGAAAAGACGGCGCAUAAAGGUCCAGGACGAUUCAUCCAGUGACAAUAACAAGAGUAAUUCUGCGGAUGAAGAGAAUGAUGAUGAUGAUGAUGAUGAUGAUUCAAAAUCUCCUGGGAAAGGCAGGAAAAAAAUACGGAAGAUUAUAAAAGAUGAUAAGCUCAGAACAGAAACGCAAAAUGCCUUAAAAGAAGAGGAGGAGAGAAGGCGACGGAUUGCAGAACGGGAGCGUGAGAGAGAAAAGCUAAGAGAAGUGAUAGAACUAGAAGACACACCACUGAAAUGUCCAAUUACGACGAAGCUGGUUUUAGAUGAGGAUGAAGAAACCAAAGAACCUUUAGUACAAGUUCACAGAAACAUAGUUACAAAACUGAAGCCGCAUCAAGUAGAUGGUGUUCAGUUUAUGUGGGAUUGCUGUUGUGAAUCUGUGAAGAAAACAAAGAAGUCGGCAGGUUCUGGGUGUAUUCUUGCCCACUGUAUGGGUUUGGGAAAGACCUUGCAGGUAGUCAGUUUUCUUCAUACUGUUCUGUUGUGCGACAAACUGGAUUUUAGUACAGCUCUUGUUGUUUGUCCGCUGAACACGGCCUUGAACUGGAUGAAUGAGUUUGAGAAGUGGCAAGAAGGCUUAGAAGACGAUGAGAAGCUAGAGGUCAAUGAGCUAGCAACGGUGAAACGGCCUCAAGAAAGAAGUUAUAUGCUGCAACGGUGGCAGGAGGAAGGUGGUGUCAUGAUCAUAGGCUAUGAGAUGUACCGUAACCUUGCUCAGGGGAGGAAUGUGAAAAGCAGAAAACUGAAAGAAAUAUUUAACAAAGCCCUUGUUGAUCCAGGCCCUGAUUUUGUUAUAUGUGAUGAAGGACACAUAUUAAAAAACGAGGCAUCUGCUGUUUCUAAAGCUAUGAAUUCUAUAAACUCCAGGAGGAGGAUCAUUCUUACAGGAACUCCUUUGCAAAACAACCUCAUAGAAUAUCAUUGCAUGGUUAACUUUAUCAAAGAGAAUUUGCUUGGGUCGGUUAAGGAAUUCCGAAAUAGAUUUAUAAAUCCAAUCCAAAAUGGUCAGUGUGCAGACUCUACCAUGGUAGAUGUCAGGGUGAUGAAAAAGCGUGCCCACAUCUUGUAUGAAAUGUUAGCUGGAUGUGUUCAGAGAAAAGAUUAUACAGCAUUAACAAAAUUCCUGCCACCAAAAUACGAAUAUGUUCUAGCUGUUAGAAUGACCCCUCUUCAGUGUAAACUGUAUCAGUUCUACUUGGAUCAUUUAACAGGUGUCGGCAGCAGCACAGAAGGUGGGAGAGGGAAAGCUGGAGCCAAACUCUUCCAGGAUUUCCAGAUGUUAAGCAGGAUUUGGACUCAUCCUUGGUGCUUACAGCUGGACUACAUUAGCAAAGAAAAUAAGGGCUAUUUUGAUGAAGACAGUCUUGAUGAGUUCAUAGCAUCCGAUUCUGAAGAAACAUCAGUAAGCUUAAGUUCUGAUGAAUAUACUAAGAAGAAAAAGUCCAAGGGGAAAAAAUCAAAGAAAGAUAGUAGCUCAAGUGAAAGUGGCAGUGAUAAUGAUGUUGAAGUGAUUAAAGUCUGGAAUUCAAGAUCUCGUGGAGGUGGAGAAGGAAACGUAGAAGAACCAAUAAACAACCCUCCAAGCACUGAAAAACUGGAAGAAGGUAAAACCACUUCCACUUCCAACCCGGGCAGCCCAGCACCAGACUGGUACAAAGAUUUUGUCACUGAAUCCGAUGCUGAAGUGUUGGAGCAUUCUGGGAAGAUGGUUCUUCUCUUUGAAAUCCUUCGCAUGGCUGAGGAGCUGGGGAAUAAAGUCUUAGUGUUCAGUCAGUCUUUGAUAUCACUGGAUUUGAUAGAAGAUUUUUUGGAGCUGGCAAGCCGGGAAAGAGAAGAAGGCAAACCCGUGAUAUAUAAAGGUGAAGGAAAGUGGUUCAGAAAUAUUGAUUAUUAUCGUUUAGAUGGUUCGACCACUGCUCAGUCAAGAAAAAAAUGGGCUGAAGAAUUUAACGAUGAAACUAAUGUCAGAGGCCGUUUGUUUAUUAUCUCAACUAAAGCAGGGUCCCUUGGAAUAAAUCUGGUAGCUGCUAAUCGAGUAAUUAUUUUUGAUGCCUCUUGGAAUCCAUCAUAUGAUAUCCAGAGUAUCUUCAGAGUUUAUCGUUUUGGGCAAAACAAACCAGUGUUCGUGUACCGGUUCUUAGCUCAGGGAACAAUGGAAGACAAGAUCUAUGACCGUCAAGUAACUAAGCAGUCACUGUCUUUCCGAGUUGUGGAUCAGCAGCAGGUUGAACGUCACUUUACCAUGAAUGAACUCACAGAGCUCUAUACUUUUGAGCCAGAUUUGUUGGAUGAUCCUAAUUCAGAGAAGAAGAAGAAAAGGGAUACUCCCAUGUUGCCCAAAGACACAAUUUUGGCUGAAUUGCUUCAAAUCCACAAAGAACAUAUAGUGGGCUAUCAUGAGCAUGAUUCCCUUCUGGACCACAAAGAAGAAGAAGAAUUGACUGAAGAAGAGCGGAAGGCAGCUUGGGCUGAAUAUGAAGCAGAAAAGAAGGGCCUAACCAUGCGUUUCAACAUGCCAGCUGGAGCAAAUAUGUUCCAUACCAACUUCAACUCUCAGACACCAUAUAUUCCUUUCAAUCUGGCCGCCUUGUCUGCAAUGAGCAAUCAGCAGCUGGAAGAUCUCAUUAAUCAAGGCAGAGAGAAAGUUGUGGAAGCCACAAACAAUGUCACUGGAGCAAGAAUCCAGCCUCUUGAAGACAUAAUUUCUACAAUAUGGAAGGAAAACCUCACCCUCACGGAGUCCCAGGUGCAGGCCUUAGCCCUCAGCCGACAGGCAAGCCAGGAGUUUGAUGUGAAGCGCCGGGAAGCCAUCUACAAUGACGUCCUGACCAAGCAACAGAUGCUGAUCAGUUGUGUUCAGCGGAUUCUGAUGAACAGAAGACUCCAGCACCAAUACAACCAGCAGCAGCAGCAGCAGUUGACUUACCAGCAAGCAGCCAUGAGUCACCUGAUGAUGCCGAAGCCGCCUGGCCUAGUGAUGAACCCUUCCGGUUUCCAGCAGAUUGAUAUGAGAGGAAUGUACCAGGCCGUGGCUGGCACAAUGCAUCCGCCACCCCUGCAGCGGGCGCCUUCCCCCAUGAGUGGCAAAACUCCAGGACCGUCCCAAGGGAAAUCAAUGUGAUUUUGCACUAAGCAUUCAAAGGAUUGUUAAAAUCAGAGAGAGAAAGAGAGAAGUUUUUUUUAUUAUUUUUUUAGGAAUCAAUGGCUUAACAGAACUCAACUGUAUAAAUAGCUUGGGUGAUUUCCCUCCCCACCCUUUAG